AUGUCGAAGCGCAAAGACACCAAGGCUGAGCUUACGACGCCGCCCUCGAGCGACGACGAAGGUCUCGCUCCAACCACGACGCCUGUGAGACUGGAGAAAAUGAGCAGCCUGUCUCUUGGUGAAGUCAAUGAUUUAAAGAUGACACCUGAGCGCUCUCCGAAGAAGGGCAAGAAGAGAGCCGCCAUGCAAGAAUCAGAAAGCGACGAAGAGACUCCAGCCAAGAAGAGAGCCAAGAAAGAGGUAAAACCUUGGACUCAAGAAGAAGACAACGCCAUCAUCAAAGCAGUCAUUGGAGAGACGCUACCUCCUCUCAGGAAGGAGGAGGCUUUGAAGCUCUCGGAGCGCUUUGGUCGCAGCGCUAAUGCAUUCUCUUCCAUCACAUUCGCCAUAAGCUACUCGGAGGACUGA